UAUAAACUCUGGAGAUUCACUGACGCGCGCACACAUACAACUGAACACAGCAGAGACGACACGACUGACAUUGGUCAAUAAUAAUAUAUCGGUGCUGAUAUUGGAUCUAUCAGGUUACAGAGGAAUCACAAACUGAAUCACAUCGGAUUAUUUUAAUCGAUUCCUGUUCGGAUUCACCAGAUCUAAAUGUGUGACAUGGAGCCUGUUUUAUCUGGAUACAGAAACACAUUAAAGCGUCAGGUGGCGUUCGAGAUGUUUGAAGACCCCAUGUCUCUGUUCUCUGGGUUUUAUCCUGUGCUAGAAGAGGAGCAAGAGGUCCCAUCUGGUCUGGACUUUCUCUUACAGGAUGUGGCGGUGUGUUCGGUGCCUCUGUUGACACCCUGCAGUAAAGCGGUGAUGAGUCAGGCGUUGAAGGACAGCUUUAAUGGCUUCUCUAAAGUCCAGCGCAUCUGUGGCAUCUCUAACAAUCCGUGUAAAUGGUCGAAGCAGCAGGUUUUGCAGUGGUUGUACUGGGCGUCGGGUGAAUUCAGUCUCACCAACAUCAACUUCUUUAAGUUUGACAUGAGUGGACAGGAGCUGUGUGACCUGGGAAAAGAGCGAUUCCUGGAUCUGGCUCCUGAUUUCGUGGGUGAUAUUCUAUGGGAGCAUCUGGAGCAGAUGAUGAGAGCUUGUCAAGACGAUGAAGAGGCGAAGAUCUCGAGUCGCCCGUCUGAAGUCAACUGGACGAGCAGCAGCUGUAACGGUGUGAGUUUGGAAGAAUGUUCUCUGAAGGUUCCUGAGAGCCGCAGCAGUCUCCUACGAGAACUCUUUGAGUUGGAUGAAUCUGCCCUGAUGUCGUCUGGUCAGGAGAUCUCCAUGUAUCCCAAACCUGAACUGAGCACUGUCAGUGUCGGCUACAUCACACAAGAGUUAACCAGCACUAAAGCUGCUCCACACCUCACUACAGCAGUGUCAUCACGUGACCAGACGUCAGUGGAGAGCGUGGAGAACACUGAUGGUUCUGAGUGUGUUCUGCGUUCGUGGGGAAGUCAUUCCUCCCUCGCCGAUGCUCAGCGGGUCCCGUCCUACGACAGCUUUGAAGAGGAGAUCACUGUCAAUCCACUGAGUCUCAGCAAACAGGGUUUGUCCUUCAAAGAUUACGUUCAGGAGAGGAACGAGCCGCUGGAACACGGCAAACCCGUCAUACCUGCAGCGGUGCUCGCGGGAUUCACUGGAAGUGGGCCGAUUCAGCUGUGGCAGUUUCUCCUGGAGCUGUUGACUGAUUCCACCUGUCAGAACAUCAUCAGCUGGACGGGAGACGGAUGGGAGUUCAAACUCACCGACCCCGAUGAGGUGGCGCGUCGCUGGGGAAAGAGAAAGAACAAGCCCAAAAUGAACUACGAGAAGCUGAGUCGAGGACUGCGCUAUUACUACGAUAAAAAUAUCAUCCACAAGACGUCCGGCAAGCGCUACGUGUAUCGAUUCGUCUGCGACCUGCAGAACCUGCUGGGAUACACGGUGGAGGAGCUGCACAGUAUGUUGGGAGUCCAGCCCGACACAGAGGACUGAAGCGUCGUCGUUACAGGGGGCGUUCAAGUCCCUCUCGAGUCACAGUCUUGUGUUUGUGGUGAACACAUGAUGACAUCACUGUCAGACGCAUCGAGCGCGUGUUUCUCAUUGAAGAGCUGCUUGUGACUGUGUUUGGUCAACACAAUGACCGAUGUUACAAACCGUUUGAGCAGAAUAAUGGAUUUCUGCUUCAUAACUUAACACUGUGUUCUCUGAACGGAAUCUUUGUACUAAAAACAUGUACUAAUGUUGAUUAUUAACUCACUGGCAGCAGAUUGUGAUGAAGUGAUCUGAAAUGAAAGCUUUAAACACAGAGUUGAUUUAUUUUCUGAUGACAGAGAUUGCCUUAUACAAAAAUGUUUUAUGAUAUCUGUAUACAUGCCUUCAGAGAUUUUCUGACCAAUUUAAACGUGUCAACUCAUUCAGUCUGAGAGAAAUCAGAUUAAGCGGAUAAAACAUUAGCUCGGUCUAGUGAAACUGGUUUGGCGCUUAAGGAGUUGAUGUAUAACUGCAUGUCUGAUUCGGUUGAUUGAUUUUAAACAGGAUUUUCAACAAAUGAUGCAUUUCAAUGGAGAGCAUGAUUAAAAAAUACUUAUUUACAUUGUUUAGAGAAUUUAAACCCUUUCAAACCCUCCGUCCAUUCCAAUGGACAUCACUUUUCUGCUGUUUUUGUCAUUUGGUGCUACCCGAAUCACAAAGAAUUAUUAAAUUAAAUUAAAUGCUGCAAAGUGAAACUAUGCUUUUUAAAUGAAAUAUGUUCCUUUUUAAAUAAAGCAUGGCCGCACGUGACACAAGAAUGACAUAUAUCACCAGAAAUGACUAUUAAAACAUUACCAUAAACUGAUUUAUUAUCAUUAAUGGCUGCAUUUAGAGUAGAAAUAAAACAUCACCGCUGUGGGGAUGAACACGUGAGAAACGAAAUCAGUUUAUUAACAUGCGUAAUUGAAAUGCAUGCUUUAAUGUGUAAAUGAAUAUUAUUUAUUGUUUUGUUUCUCACACAGAUGGCAUGUGUGAUCCUGCAGGGUGACUCACAUUCAGAAAGAUUGUUUUAUUGGCAAUCAGUUCAUCAUUGUACAUUUAUAAACUUUUUCACUGUAUAGAUGUGUUUGACUGUCUCUUUAUAUUCCUACAAUUUAUACAGAACUCUUGAUUGUUGAUUAUAUUUGUAAGUGUUGUCAUGUGUGAUGCACAGAUAUUUCUAUUUGAUAUUUUUAUAUAUAACGGUUGCUCAGAGCAAGUGUUGAAUAAAGAAGAAUGAUUUGAAAGCAAC